AUGGGGAUGAAGGAUGCACUGCCAUUUGUGGGUAUGGUGAUUGUUGAGUUUGCGCAGGUGGGGCUGUUUAUAGUAGCCAAAGAAGCUCUGUCAAGUGGAAUGACUAAUUACGCCUUCGUCUUCUAUUCCAAUGUCAUUGCCUCCCUCAUUCUUCUUCCUUCUUCAUUUUUCAUCCACAGAUCAAAUCGUCCCCCGCUCACUUUCUCUAUUGUCUCUGCAUUUUUUCUGCUUGGACUACUUGGUUGUUUAACCCAAGUAAUUGGGACAGCUGGGAUUCAGUAUGUCCCUGCCUCAUUUGCCUCGGCGAUGCUCAACCUCAUGCCAGGUUUUACAUUCAUACUUGCUGUCAUUUUCAGGAUGGAAAAAUUAGAAGGUAGAAGCUCAAGUACCAUAGCCAAAUCAAUUGGAACAAUAGUGUCCAUCACAGGGGCAUUCAUUGUAACUCUUUACAAGGGACCCCAUAUUCUAAUGACACCAUCACAUUCAAACUCCCCUGAUCAGCCUCUUCUCAUGCAACAAUACAACUUUGUCAUCGGAGGAUUGCUCCUUGGGUUUAAUUCUGUAUUGUCUUCUGCAUUUGUUAUCAUACAGGCCUUGAUACUUAAGAAAUUCCAAGCAGAGAUGAUUGUAGUCUUCUUUUACUGCUUCUUUGUGGCCAUUCUAUCUCCAUUAGUCUCUUUGAUUGUCGAAAGAGACCUAAGUGCUUGGAGCUUACAACCUAAAACGAGGCUGAUUGCUAUUCUAUGCUCGGGAUUUUUUGGUUCCGGAUUUCAAAUUGGUAUUGGUAUGUGGUGCCUGCCUAGGAAAGGGCCUCUUUUUGUUGCUAUGUUUCAUCCCUUGGGGAUUGUCAUUGCAGCAGCUAUGGGUAUCGUCUUCUUAGGAGAUACUUUCUAUCUGGGAAGUCUGGCUGGAUCAAUUGUUAUUGUUAUAGGGUUCUAUUCUGUGAUGUGGGGGAAAGCCAACGAAGGAAAAAUUGUCAAGGAUAAUGAAGCAAGUUGGUGUCGGUUCCGAUGGAACCGGGUGGGCGUGCCAAGAACUGCAAUAGUUCCAAAGAGAGAUCCAAACAAUAUUCCAGAAGGAAGACUGCGGGACCAGGCGAUUGUGAAGAGGUCUGGAAUGACCACCUCCGGGUUCUUUUUGCCUUUGAUAAAGGACUUCGGGAAAGUUAACUGGCUAGGGAGGAACGAACUACUUGAGAAAGUAAUUGACUGGAAAGUAAGAUUAUCUAAUGAAAAGUAA